CCAAUUCGAAAAUCAAAUAACAAAUAACUUGCCCGAGAUCACCUACUGAAUCUGUCACUCACCUUGACGCGGUCCAUUCGCAACGACAUCGACGGCGCACUCAACAACCAACACCCAACAAUUGACUUGUAACCACGCUUUUGGUCGACAUGUCGGUUUUCCUACCCCCCGAGACCAUCACGGUCAAGCGGCGCAAGCGUGGCGCCGAAGAUGCGCCUGUCGACUUCCUGAGGGUCGAGGGCAGCAAGCGUUCGCGAAAUGGAGAAGGCAGCUGGGUGUACCGGCUCAAACAAGCAACGGACAUCGUAGCCCCGCAGCCAACCGUACCGACCAUUCAGACAACGAAAGAAGGCGAUGAGAAGAGACGCAUCAUCAAGCCUCUUCCCCGUCCGAGAUCGCAGAGGAUGACACCCCAGCCCGGCGCCUCGCCAAUCAUCGAGCCAACAUCUACGUCCCAGACAACCAAAGCGACCGAGCCUACUCUUCGACGAUUCCACCUCUCCAAAACCAUUGUAUCGCAAGCCUCAACAUCAGGGCCCGUCUCCAAGAAGCGCGCCAGCACCGUCAUCUUCGUCGAGCGCAAUUCGAAGCGAAAGUCUCUCCACGAGAACCAGACUCUUGAGCAGUCGAGAUCAGUGAACGCCCACAAUGGCCCUGCCGCUGUUCAGCCCAAGCCGUCGACCGGCUACACCUACCAGGAGCCUCCUCCAGCCGAUCCCAACGACACCGGGGUGAAGCGAUCAUACAAGCGACCCGGUACGAGACGCUUUCAGCCCUCGGCCGAGUCGAAGCCUGGAUCAACCCACCCUGCUCUCCCCCCCUCGCUGGUCAAUCGCAAUGUCAACGUCGACAUGGAUCAGCUCGCCCAGGAAAUGGACGCCUACACACUCAGUGCAAUCACUAGCCAUCUGAGCAAGUUGGAUGAGGCAAGUGCCAAGGCUGCGGAGAGGAAAGCCAAGUUCAAGCCCAAGGCUCCCGCGCUGAGAUACGCACAACGACACCCGGAGGCUGCGGCUGCGGCUGCUCGCACUAAGGAGGUGGCCCCUCAGGCUACUGCUGCUGCUGCUGCUGCUGCGGCGCCAAUGGACGAUGAUAUGGACAUUGAGAUGCUCGACACCUCCGACGAUGAUGACUACGUCGUUGAGGAAUACUACCGCGUGCCCGCCAGCCGGCUCAACGAGGAAGAGGUGGCGGCCACCCAGGUCGGUCUGUUGGUGUUCGAUUCCGAGCCCGACAAGAUUGACUUCUUCUUUGGUGCGGAGGAGGAUGACGAGUUCGAGUUUCCGGAGGAUGAAGACGAUGAGAACCAUGAAAACUACUACGCAGCCGACUAUCCCGACGAAGAUCUCGAAUGGGACGACGAACUUGACCGCAACCCGUACGAGUACGUGACAGGUAACGCCUCCGACAGGGAGGAGUUUGAUGCGGAGCUGGAUGACAACGAUGACGACGACUUUGUCAACGCAGACGAGAGGUUCAUGGAUCAUGUCUGGCAGACGAGUAAUGAGAUGGCGGAUAUGGUUGCAUAUGCGAGAGGGUAUGACGGUGAUAGACCGGAGCCUGCGGUGGCUGGGUUCCCGAGGGGGUUUCCUUAUGAAUAGGAUUGAUAGGGAGAAUGGCUCUUGGGGAGUUGGGCAGUGGGUUAAGGACACCGGGGUAGAGGGGAGAGCGGAGGUGGGAUAUAAAUUGGCAGUCAUCGCUAUGAGCUUGUAUACCUGCUGAAGUGGAUUACAUGAUUAUAGUUAGUUAUUAUACCCCAUAGUCUCAAGGACCGUCGCACAACAAGACGGACUGGGCUGGGUGGUAGUUGUGUCAUGAGAGCACAGCACAGCGCAGCAAAGUAGAUAGAGUCAGCUUCUUCAAAGUUCUCUUCCUAUUACUUUAUAGUUAUGGUACAGAGUACUUCCUUUG